CAAAGCAGAGGGGAAAAUCUCAUUGCGAGCUGCACCAAACUUUUCUGUCUCUCAGAUCUCCACCCCUCCAUGUAUGUUCCCGCAACCUGAAUCGGCCAGAAUUUGGUGGCCCGCAAUCUUCUGGAAAACUGUCAUCGUGCAUCUAUGAAAGGACCCACAGGUGAAAUGGAGGACCCGUCCAAGGCGGAAACCUCCAAUGGGAACAACAGGCCCCUCGACAUUGUGCCCAGUACAGAGGAGAAGAUGACAGAGAGGGGGCAGUGGGGCAGCAAGCUUGAGUUUGUUCUUUCAGUGGCUGGAGAAAUUAUAGGCCUGGGCAAUGUCUGGCGUUUUCCUUAUCUAUGUUAUAAGAAUGGAGGAGGGGCCUUCUUCAUCCCAUACCUCAUCUUCCUCUUUGCUUGUGGGAUCCCGGUCUUCUUCCUGGAGACGGCUCUGGGUCAGUACACCAGCGAGGGCGGCGUCACCUGCUGGAGGAAGAUCUGCCCUUUGUUUGAAGGAGUGGGAUAUGCCACCCAGGUGAUUGUUGGUCUGCUGAACAUCUACUACAUCAUUGUGUUAGCCUGGGCCCUCUUCUACCUGUCGCACUCCUUCACGUGGGACCUGCCCUGGGCCUCCUGCAACAACACCUGGAACACAGAUUCCUGUAUGGAAUUUCAGAGGGGGAAUAGCUCCAUCAAUCACCAUGAGAACACCACCUCUCCUGUCAUUGAGUUCUGGGAGCGCAAAGUUCUGAGGAUUUCCCCAGGUAUCCAUCACAUCGGCUCUCUGAAUUGGGACCUGGUUGUCUGCCUCGCUGUCGCCUGGGUCAUCUGCUACUUCUGCAUCUGGAAGGGAGUCAAGUCCACGGGCAAGGUUGUUUACUUCACAGCCACCUUUCCGUAUGCUAUGUUAGUAAUCCUGCUGAUCAGAGGGGUCACCCUGCCCGGAGCCUCCAGGGGAAUCCACUACUACCUCUACCCUGACCUGGGACGACUGUCAGACCCACAGGUAUGGAUGGAUGCCGGAACUCAAAUCUUCUUCUCCUAUGCCAUCUGCCUGGGCUGCCUCACUGCACUGGGAAGCUACAACAAAUAUAACAACAACUGCUACAGGGAUUGUCUGUCGCUCUGUUUCCUAAACAGUGGCACCAGUUUUAUUGCAGGCUUCGCUAUCUUCUCCAUCCUGGGCUUCAUGUCCUACGAGCAGAACAUACCUAUCUCAGAGGUGGCUGAAUCUGGUCCAGGUUUGGCCUUCAUAGCAUAUCCCAGAGCUGUGUCCAUGAUGCCCUUCUCCCCCCUGUGGGCCUGCUUCUUCUUUAUUAUGAUCGCCUUUCUGGGUCUGGACAGUCAAUUUGUCUGUGUGGAGAGCCUGGUGACGGCCAUGGUGGACAUGUAUCCUUCCACCUUCCGCCGGAAAUACCGCAGGGAGCUCUUUAUCCUGGCAGUGUCCGUGGUGUCCUUCCUCUUGGGACUCAUCAUGCUGACGGAGGGAGGAAUGUACAUCUUCCAGCUCUUUGACUACUACGCAGCCAGUGGGAUGUGUCUACUCUUCGUGGCUGUUUUUGAGACUCUUUGCAUUGCUUGGAUUUAUGGUGCUGACCGUUUCUAUGACAACAUAGAGGACAUGAUUGGUUAUCGUCCAAGUCCCGUCAUCAAGUACUGCUGGCUUUACUUCACACCUGCCACUUGCUUUGGAACCUUUGCAUUUGCAUUGAUCAAGUACUCCCCUCUGAAGUACAACAAUGUCUACAUAUACCCGUGGUGGGGGAAUGGUGUGGGCUGGAUCCUGGCCCUGACCUCCAUGCUGUGUAUCCCUCUCUGGGCAGCAGGGAAGCUGUACUACACCCCUGGAACAUUGAGAGAGCGCCUGGCUUUCUUGACCACUCCUUCUACUGAGUUACCAAAGACGAAGCAAGAGCAAGCGAAGCUGCUCGCCGUCUUCGCAGCAGAUGGUGGGAGCCUCCAUCAGAAGGCGCCUCCUAGUAAGGAUGGUUAUUUCCCUGUUGAGGAAAAAGAGUCCCACUGUUAAAGGCCCGAGUGUUGAAAUCAGAGCCGAAUGUGGAGGUCAAAGGUCACUUCUUAACUUUGACACUCCCUUCCCAUCGCUCUGGAAUACAAAGUCCAGACAAAAUGACGUAACAUGAGCAGGCAUCAAGUUCAAGACUCAGCUCACCUGUAACUGCUGAGAUGCUGCUAGAAGUUUUCUCCUUUCUAUGUUGCCUUCAAAGUACCGUAUCCAAACUCUUACUUAAUGAUUUACAGUACAUUCUCUUAAGGAGCACUGGUUAUCAACUCAUUGGCCACUGGCAGAGUCAUGUGUACAUUUGAAAAGUAUGGCCAUGUUUUGAUUUCAUCGGAUCAUGUCUGCUUUCUAAGGAAGCAUUGUAUUUUUCAAAUUGAUUCUUGAAUCUAACAGCUAUCUGCUGCAGAUGGAGAACAGGUGUCAGAUAUGUGCAUGGAUCAUAGACGACUUGAAUAAAAUCUUUGUGUGUUUAAAUACAGUUCUGUUCAACUCUGUAUUCAAUUCAAUCAAAGUUACUGCUCUGUUUUACUGUACAGUAGAGGGUUAUCAUCUCAGGAUGUAAGACUUUCCAAUGAAGCAUCCUAAAAACAUACUAAUAACCAAUUCUUCAGAAUGCAAGAAAUUUUACAUUUAAUUUACAUUAACUGACCUCUAGUCAUCUCAGUUAAGGGUUUGUGUUGACAUUUCCUAUUAAUGUCACUUUGUUAACUGAUUCAUGUAGGCUUUUUCUUUUGCUUUACUGGAAUUUGUGGAGAUGCAUGUAUAUUUUGCAUUGUUUUUGUUGGGCUUCUGAUUAUUAAAAUGAUUAUAAUUCUGUA